UCUGUGUUACAGCUGUAGUAUCUGAACUUAUGCACUAACACAACACCACACUCACACCACACACACGCACACCACUAGUGCACAAGUUAGACCCUAGAACUAUACACACAGCACACAUAAUUUGGGUGUCUCUAGAAGCUAGUAGUUGUGGUACAUAUGUGUGGAGGGGAUUUUAUUGUGGAACAGUGUUCCCGGUGAGACAUCCCAAAAUUCGUCCCAGCAGGGAUCGAACCCAGGACGGGUAGCUAGGCCACUGCCUAUCGCUACCACCGCGCUAGCAGCGCGUUCUCGAGAUGGACGGAUUGAACAUGGCUGCACCUGCUGCAUUCCUCCUCUUCCUCAUGCUCGCUCUCGCCGGAGCAGCCUCUGCUGCCGAAUACGACCGACCUGCCCUUCUCGUGGUGAACCUUACAGGGCACGGCCCCGUCGACGACAAGAUCUCCGUGGGCGUGGAGAUCCACGACGUCGGAAUCGGCGGCUUCGCCAACGGGCGCGGCCACUGGCAGUCCUUCCCAGGCCACGACCGCCUGUUCCCGGGCUCCACGCCCCUCCCGUUCGGCAACAGCUACGACGACCUCAUCGGCGGCCUCGCCAACCUGCCGGACGUGCCGCUGGGGCGGGAAGCCCUGCAGCAGGCCGCCCGGGUGCUCUCCGCCUACGACCUGGCUACCACCACAGACUUCGAGCCGCUCAAGCGGGCGCUGGCGUCGCUCAAGGUGAUGCUAUCCGAGGCCCAGCGGCUGCAGCCCAUCUACGAGACUGUCAGCAGCGGCUGGGAGAGCGGAGCCCGCGUCAAGCCCGAGCAUCUGCCCUACAUCGAGCACUGGGACACCAUGUCCUACGAGAUCCUCCGCGCCAACCGGACGGGUAAGUGGGGCGGGCCCUUCACCGACAUGCUAGAGAAGAGCGCCAACAUCCGCAGCAUGGACGAGGCGCUCGCCGUGGUCAAGCUGCUGCGGAAUCCCAGCUUCGAGGAGGUGCUCAUGGCUCACGCCACCAUCAUCAGCCUUGAGUAAACUUGCAUGGAUGCAUCUGGCCUGAACUUUCAUUAGAUAGAUUGUGCUCCCGGCCUCUCGAGUCCAUGUCCUUUCAAUGUUUCUCUUGUUAUUAGUUUAACAUGCAUCUGGUUGGUUUCUGUAUCUCUUCCAGCUUCCUUGAAUCAGAGUCCCCUAUAGUUUUUGUUUAGUUCACGUUUGGGGUAUCCACAAAGUGCUUGCUUAUGUUUCGGCUCGAAAUCUCAAGUUUACUCAACUUUUUUCACGAAAUGCAAACA